AUGGUGACGGUGACGCAGACGACGACAAAGCCGACGCAGGCCAUUCUGAAGCUCCGGGCGGAGGGUAGGAUCGCGGAAAGCGACCUGCCGACAGAGGCCAAGAUGGCCGAAGAGCGACUUGCGGGCGCGUUCCGUAUCUUUGCUGAACUCAACAUGGAUGAGGGUGUCGCUGGCCAUAUCUCCGUACGUGACGUUGUGAACCCGCAUGCGUUCUGGGUGAACCCGUACGGCGUGGCAUUCGACGCCAUGACGGUGGACGACCUGGUGUUGGUCGACCACGACGGGCGCGUUCUCGAAGGUGGCCGUCCGGGAUUCGGCCAGGUGAUCAACGCUGCCGGCUUCGCGAUUCACGGCUCGAUUCACCGCACGCGACCGGACAUUCACGCCGCGGCGCACUCGCACUCGUUCUACGGCCGCGCAUUCUCGAGCCUCGGGCGUAACAUCGACAUCACGUCCUACGACGGCGCCAAGUUUGCGCACACCGUCAAGCUGUAUGAUGACUUUGGUGGUGUCGUGCUCGACGACGAGGAGGGGAAAAACAUCUGCAAGGCACUUGGCGAUGAGGGCAAGGGCGUCGUUCUCCAGAACCACGGGAUCUUGACUGUUGGGUCCACUGUCGAUGCCGCUGUCGCAUAUUUUAUUCGCCUCGAGGCACUGUGCCGUGCCCAGCUUGAGGCUGACGCUGCUGGCGGCGCUCGUACGCUGAACAAUCCCGAGGUCAGCGCCGUCUUCGACCGUGCAGGCGGCGAGAAGGAGGCGUACCGUCAGGCGCAGGAGCUGUAUGAAUGGAUCGACGACAUCACAGGCGGCGAUUACAAGUAG